AUGGAUUUGCUGGACGACAGCUCCCUGGAGGAGGAGGUUCUUCGACCUGAAGGCAAGCCUAUGCGAGGGCGCGUGGACGAAGCGAUUGUCCGCUUAGAAAGGCUUAACACCAACGAGGAGCCAGUGUACUCCGUUGAGCUGGACGGCACUUGGAAUGUCAGGUAUGCAGGAUCCUAUGCGCCCGGACUCUUGUCCUCACCUACGCGAGAGCUGGCGCUCUUCUUGUAUGGUGGUGGAUUCUCGUUGGGGAACGCACUGUCUUCUUUUGCCCAGGGCUUCUGGGGACAGUCUCUCGGCGUGAAGCUUGGCUCCAAGAAGGUGCAGAUCACCGGUGGCCGGGAUGUUGAGGCAUCAGCACAGGUCGAAGUUGGGGGGCGCAAGGAGACGCUGACCUACAAGGCUGAGCUGAUGCCUCUCAGCGCGGCACGCAUGAGUGAAGAGGUCGUGGCCUUGAAGCUGCCGGAUCCAAUCGGCAAUCAGGAUCUCCCCUUGGAGUUGCGGCGGAGCAUCCUCGUGACCUACUUGGACGAAGACCGGUGA